AUGCAUCAAAUCUACAGCAGCAACGUCAGUUUGGUACCCCCAAAAGGAAAAACUGAAAGAAUCGAGAUGGACGACGAAGCGCCAAGACGUAAGAAGGUAUCCAGUGUACAUUUCUAAACUGUUAAUUUUCAGAAUCAUGCUGCACGUGGUUCCACAGUUUGAAAGUCCAGAUUUGGAUCGCAUGGCUCGGAGUUUCUGCUGGAAUUAUGGCCGGAACGGUCUUCGCUAUCCAAUAUCAGGUAGUUUCUGUCAGAGGGAGUCAAUCUAAACGUUUCUUUUUUCAGAAUUGGAUCGCCGUCACAAUGUGCUUUGUGUCGAGUGCAUUUGCCACUCUAGUCCUCCACCUUCACAUGGCUUACAAGAAAACUGAGAUGGCCGGUUGGUCUUCCACUAAACUCAAAUGCAUCGCGACCGUUGGUUCGUUUCUCUUACUUUCCCAGGACCCUAUUCAAAUGCAAAUUCGUUAUAGGUGCCACGGUAUCGCUGAUCUCUCUCGUGGCCAUGGUGUACUGUUUGGUUGUCGCCGGAAUCGAACAUCAGACGAUCGACCCGCAGGGACUGAAGGGAGCCAACCUCUGGAUUGCGGCCGUUUGGUUCUUCAUGACAGCCAAAUGGAGUGCCCUAACAUGGAGAUUUGCGAGAAAGUACCGAGGAUUCUGCGAGGAGUCUCAGCCCCUUCUGGCCGCCCCACCUCCGGAGUAUUCCGACACAAUCUGA